UCGCCAAACUGUCUCUCCUACAUAUUGCUCGCUUCACGCGCUUCCUCCGCCACCCCUUGACCUUUCCUACUCGUAGUUUCUCGGAUCUGAUAACACCUUCCCGUAAGUCUGUCUCUCUUCGCCCCACCCACCACCUUUGCAUUUCCUCCCCAGACUUCUGCUGAACAAUUGCUGCUUGUCUGCUUGAUCAGCCAUGACAUACCCAGGAACAAUGUUUGCUGCCGUCGUGGACAUUGCAAGUUGCAUUGACCUCCUGCUGACUCCAAUGCCUCAUCUACAGGCCAUUCCUAUUACUUCUCGGGGACCGUGUCUCGUCGACUUCGCCACCCCACCCGCACCAUGAUCUCACCAGCUACACCACACCCGAAGGGCCCGAGGAUACCCACCACCGAAACCUCACACCCAAACGAUCCUAUCCCACAUCCUCCCAGUCAAGCUGUUGACAAGUUCGAACUUGCGCCGAGGCACGAUAGUAACGCAUCCGUCACUUCGGAGUCGUCUGGCUUGCUCGAACGCUUUGAGCCGUUCGACUCAAGCGAGGAGUCGGAAGCACCCUCAACCCCAAACACAGAACCUGUAGAUGAGGCCACAGACGCAAUCAAAGAGCUCUCCUUGAGUCCUAGCGCAGAAGACCAAGAUGCGACCCCUAAGCGAAGACGCGCGUCGACCACCCUGAUUUCAGACAAUCCCCCGGAACUGCGCAGGCUUCUUGGGGAAGGAAAUGCUGCUACGCGACUGAUUGAAAAGUGCUGCGGCGGUGGAUGCUGUUUCGUCAAGACACUGCCCCCUGACACUACUGAUCCAAACUUUACACCUGUCGUCCUACCCGACAACCAGGCUUUCCGAAGCCUUGGCCUCAAACUAGGGCCAUUGAGUCUGGACACAACACUUUCAAAGAUCCCUGAACUGUCCGAGACUACCGUAUCUUUCGAUCCCGUCGCUCAAGACCAGCCGAAGCACACUACCCUGGUCCACAAGCACCCACCGACCUUUGUGCAGCCGCAUCCACCCUACGACGUGUUUUCAGCGCCAAUCUACCAUGCCCGUGAAUUGACAAAGCCUGGUGCUGAGAAGCGAACGUUCCAUUUUGAUCUGGACGUCACAGACUACCCAGAUGAGAGCGGUAUUGACUUCAAAGUUGGUGGUGCUAUCGGUGUGUGCCCGCCAAACGCGACUGAGCUGGUAGAUGAAGUGUUUGAUUGCUUAGGUAUUCCGAAGUUUGUUAGGGACAAACCGGUCACUCUGAAUACGUCUGGUGGUCGCUGGCCUACGAUCUGGGGCGAGGAGCAGCCUCGCCAGCUUGUGACAACGCGACGAGAGCUCCUAACCUGGUGCUCUGACAUUCAGAGUCAGCCACCGACAAAGCCAUUGCUCCGGCUGAUGGCUGAACAUGCGUCCGCGCCGAACGAGAAGCAGCUGCUCCUGUAUCUGUCGUCAGCGGAGGGUCAAGGCGCCUUCUGUGACCUACGCACAUCGUCACAUUUCACGCUUCCUCAACUACUACGCGCCUUUCCCUCGUCACAGCCACCUUUGGCCAGCCUGCUUUCCGUUCUCAGUCCAUUAAUGCCCCGGUUCUACUCCCUUUCCAACGACCCUCAUAUUUCAAGUGAGCGUGAGGGUGGUCGCCGGCUUAUCGAAAUUGCCGUUUCGGUCCACGAAACCUCCGAUUGGCACAGCGAGAACUCGAAACGCACCGGCGUUGGCAGUGGUUUCCUCGAGCGUCUGGCGCACAAGUUUAUCGAGGCCGAAGCCUCUGGCAUAGACCCGAAAUCCGUGCUCGACCUCCGCGUGCCACUUUUCCGUGGUCUUAUGGCUAACCCGCUGUCACGUGAAUUCGGUGGCGAUGGCCCUAUGAUGCUCAUCGGCGCCGGCGUCGGCAUGGCGCCUUUCCGCGGCUUCAUCCUCAACAGACUGAAGAACGCCAACUGCGCAAACAAGAUCUGGCUCGUGCAGGGCGUGCGCGACUCGAUGCUCGACGAGAUCUACUCUGGCGAGCUGGGCGACCACGAAAAGGAGAUUAAGCGGGUCGUGCAGAGCCGCAAGUUCAAGGGCAUCCAGGGCGCGUCACGCUACGUGCAGGACGAGGUGCGCCAUCGGGCAGACCUCGUCUGGUUCGUGAUCAAUGCGCUUGACGGCCGCAUCUUUGUGUGCGGUAGCAGCAAGGGCAUGGGCGAGGGCGUCGAGCAGGCGCUCGUCGAUAUCGCGAUGGAGAAGGGCAACCUGAGCGAGGAGAGUGCGAGGGCGUUUUGGGAGGCCAAGAAGUCGGGCGCGCAAUACAUUGCUGAAACUUGGUAAUAUUCGUUGUCGGAUAUUUUUUUU